AUGAACCUGCAAUUACAACUUGUCACCAUAGAGAAAUGUGGAUUUCAUCCCCCAGUCACGAAAGGGAAAUCCUCUCCAGAUCUGACCAGUUCGCCUGGAUCCUCACUGAGUCCGAGCCGGAGACUGAGCAGUCCUGAGAAGAUCAUCAACCUACAUGAGCAACUGCAGAAGACUCUCAUGAGCAGCUAUCAGGCUCCAGUGAGCAGAGGAAGAGGACAUCAGCCCAGGAAAUGUCUCUCAUUUUCAGCUCCUGCAGACCUGAGACCAGCCUCUCAGACAAAGAAGCAGAGCUUCAGUUCCGAUACACCAAAUACCAACUCUCUCCCAGUCACUGCUGCUGUGAGCCAAGCUAAGCACCCUCCACCAGUGACGACCACAAAUCGGUCAACAACACUUUUUAAUGCCGUCGCCUCCAGAUCUGCCCACGUUACAUUCAGACCUAACAUUAUUACUAACCAUCACUUUAAUGCAGACACAUCUAAAACUACAACGUCUGCUCUUUCUAGCUCUUCUUGCUCUCCACUUGCCACUCUGGCACCUUGCAAAGCCAUAUCCACCUCAAGCAGUGCCACUAAUAUAACAACACCCCCAAAACUGGCAAAGAAAAUGUCUGCUAUCCCUGACAAAUCGGAUGCUAAACAUUCAGCUUCUACUCCUCUAACUCUGAGGACCUCUACCUUUGACUCUGAUGUCUUAAUACGUUCUGACACUAAUCCUAAAACCACUGCCUCAGACACAACUGUCCCGAGCAUAUCAACUGCCCUCGAGGCUUAUCGUUCUAACAUGCCUUGUAAAACGGAUGGUGCUACUCCUGCAUAUCAUGGACUUAUAUUUGCUGCAUCCUGCUCACCACCUGCUCAUCGCCUUCCUGAGAGAAGCAACAAGUCUGCCAGAAAGUCCACCGCUGCUCUAGAGAAGCAAGCAAGACCCAAACCAGAAGCUCCAGCCGAGGUUCGCUCUGUUGAGGUCAUCAAAACAGUCGGACAGAGCAGCCUCAUGAUUGGCUGGGAGAGGCCGCCACUUGACGAGCUGGGCUGCAGCAACGGCACAUUUGUGUACGGGUACAGGGUGUUUAUAGAUGGGGACUUUCACAAAUCUGUCAUGAGCUCAGCAUGCACCAAGAGUAUUCUGGAGAAUGUCGACCUGAGUGUCCCAGUCCACAUCAGUGUCCAAACGCUGGGCUCUAAUGCGCUCAGUUCACAAUUUGUCCACACAAUGUACAGGACAGUCAGAACAGACCAACACUGACUCACAGCAAACUAAAUGGUGGCAAAGGUCAACAAUGUCUCUCUAGGACAACUGCAACUUCUCAGUGGAGACCUUCACUGCCAGUGGCCAAAGUUUGAAUGUGCACAUCCAUCUAUAGCUGCAGUCCUCUGUGGGACAGUCCCAACCUCCACCUCAGCAGACAGACGGGGAGACUCCGUCACGCUGCUGGGACACGCUCAGGCUCAGGUCAGCCAAUCAGAAGAAUCUCACGUUUUCCCACUUUAUCAGCCUUUGAUCAAAAUAGUGACCUGUGGCCGUCCGCUGAACCCUUAAAACAGUUAACUGAAGAUGUCAUAUAUAAUAGGACUCCUGCCUCUGCACGGAGAGUUCGCCUGCAUGUAAAAGCAGGUGAAUAAUGGCUUCAUCCUUGUUGGAAGAACUUCCUGUUUCAGACUCCCACGCGCCAGCUUCACCUCUUGAAUGGACGCAGUGACUGCCAGGUGAAAGGCCAGAGCAGGCAAUCAAAUAAAUCCUGACAAACUAUUUAAAAAUAAAACAAUGAUACUUUACUGCAAACUAUAUGAAGCCAAGAUCAAUCAGUUUGUCAAAAGCUGCCUCUGACACCAACAUUUACCAACAUUGUUAGACAGACGAUGUUGGAGGGACGUCUGCAUCUGCUGCACAUUGUAACACUGUGCUAACACCGAGAGAUCAUGUGUCGUCAUUGCUUCAUCGGAGAUCCCCGCUGCUGCCUCUCUGGACUCUGUGACAUGAAGCGCCGGCUAAAGGGACACGUACUGUAUCAAAAGUUUAAAUCAACGUAUACUGUAAAGUGUACAGACGAAACAUUGUACCCACAUGAAGCCAAAUAUGGGAAAAAAAAUGAUUCACUCCAAAGACUUAUCUGUUUCAUUCUCCUCACAGGUCUACAGGAUUACUACAAACACAGAAGUUAUUUCAGUUCUGACAUUUGCACACAGUCAUUGUUAAUAUCUAGAAGAUGAAAUAAAAAAGAGAUUAUCACAUAUUUUUUUGUAGAGAAACUAUGAACAAAUAUGCCAAUGUACCACAAACUAGGUCUUUUUGUAUGAGUGACACUUUGUUCUUCAUAUAUAACAGAUGUCAUGUGUGCACGCUCAUAUUGUUUUCUACAGUGUUCACAACACACACACAUAUGAUGUUCUUUUGCUACUUACUGUAUGUACGGGUGCGGAUUGAUCAUGGUGCAGCAAAGAUAUUUUUCUAUCAGUAAUAGAACAUAUUGAUUCCUUGAGACUGUACAGAGAAUAAAUGUUUAUAUGAUA